AUGAUUCUGCCAGCAGUGUUGCUGUGUCUCGUAGCUGUGCUGCCCUGGUCCUCUGGAGAGGAACCUAUAAGUAUCGAUACUCUGUCAACUAGCAAUUCAGACCAACAAAAGCUGAUUGUUGACAAACACAAUGAACUCAGGAGAGGAGUAAGCCCACCUGCCAGCAACAUGUUGAAAAUGGAAUGGAAUCCUGAAGCUGCAAAAAAUGCUGACAUUUGGGCAAAACACUGUACUUUUCAGCACAGUCCUCCAAGAAUGAGGAAAACCAAUGUAAGCUGUGGUGAAAAUCUCUUCAUGUCAAGUGUUCCUUUCCCAUGGCCAGAUGUCAUUCAGGCCUGGUAUGAUGAGAAGAAAGAUUUCAAGUAUGGAAUUGGAAAGACAAGCCUAGAUGCUGUGGUUGGCCACUAUACUCAGGUAGUUUGGUACAGGUCUAACGAAGUUGGAUGUGCAUAUGCUUAUUGCCCUAAGAUUUUGGGAUACAUAUAUGUCUGCCAGUAUUGCCCUGCGGGGAAUCAUAUAAAUUCACUCAAUACACCCUACAAAGAAGGAACACCUUGUGGCGAUUGCCCUAAUGAUUGUGACAAUGGACUAUGCACCAACCCCUGCAAGUAUGUGGAUAUGUAUGCAAACUGUGCGAACUUGACAAAGUCUUUCGGAUGUAGCGUCUUUAAUACAGGCUGCCCUGCUACCUGCCAAUGCCAAACUGAAAUAAAGUAA